ACAAACAAACUUGAAUUGACAUUUAGUUUAUUUUUAUUAAAAAAUGUGUUUAAGCUGAAGCAAAAAUCUUUAAAAUAAUUUUUCUUUUAAUAUGAAUCUGUAAUAGAUAUUUAAUAAAAUGUUUGCUCUUGCGGAACUCAAAGACACUAUUCGUAUUGCUCCAGAUCAGUUUCAUCUGAAACUAAUUGAAGCAAUACGCGAUGAAAUAAAUCGAAAAUUGGCCAAUAAGGUCCUGCUGAACGUAGGUCUUUGUAUAGCUCUUAAGGAUAUAGUUUCCAUUAAAGACUCAAUAAUUCUACCUGGCGAUGGUGCUUCCCAUACCGAAGUAAUUUUUCGGUAUAUUGUCUUCCGACCGGCAAUAGGAAACGUAGUGACUGGAAAAAUACGAAGUUGUAGUCGUGAAGGAGUCCAUGUUACGUUGGGCUUCUUCGACGAUAUCAUCAUUCCCCCAUCGGCUUUGCAGCAUCCUUCUCGUUUUGAGGAAACCGAACAAGCCUGGGUGUGGGAGUACCCAGUUGAUGAUGGCGAGAAACACGAUUUGUUCAUGGAUAUAGGAGAACCUAUAAAGUUUCGCGUGUCCGGCGAGUUAUUUGAAGAGAGUUCACCCAUUGGACCACCAAAAAAUGAUCAACCAGGUUCGUCGACAGCGCAACUCAAAGAAAUCAAAACACCUUAUCGAAUUAUUGCAGCUAUCAAUGAAUCAGGGCUUGGAGUGCUCUCUUGGUGGGCUUCACAAAAUCAAGCAGCUGAAGAAAGCUACGAGGGCGAUGAAAAUGACGAAUACAAUAAUGAAGAUGACGGCGAUGGAGCUUAUGAAGAGUAAAAUGUUUCGUUCUAGAAAUAUGCAAGUUGUUCACAAUAGUUUUGAUAGUAAUAAUAAUAAUAAAAGGACUGGGUUCUUUGUUUUAUUAAUCAAUUUUUUAUUGUUAUCUGGAAAUAAAUGUAAAUAAAAAUCCAAAAAACAAUUAAGAAUAUUAAACAAACAUAUUUAUUGGUUCUGUUGUCUAAUAGGUUCAUCUAAAUUAAAAAGCAUAAAAACUUUUUUCAAAUGUA